UUUACUUUCGAUUUCGAUCUUAAAAUAUCUUGGAGUAAGAGGUAUUUAUAUUCCUUUGUCACUUUGUGUUGUCAGCCUAGUAAGAAAGUCAUAUAUAUGUAAACAAAUUUUAAAACCCCUGUGACUUUGUUAGGGGUAGAAAUUAAAACGUUUAUGAUGGAAUACAACGAUUCUACCCUAAAUAGGGUUCGACAUUACUUGAAAAAUGCUGACAUCCAAGCUCUUGACAGAAAUGACGAUCUCCCUACUGGUUACUCGAAAUUUUUUUCUGUUCCAUCCACUCCUAAGGACAGUUACAACGAAGUAUAUCCAGGGAUCAUAAUAGGCAAUAAGCAGUUUGCCACGAACAAAGAGGAAUUGAAAAAAAUUGGAAUCACCCACGUUGUUAACUGUGCCAAGGGUACCAGGCCAGGUCAAAUUGACACUGAUGCUUCAUUCUUCAAAGAUGUAGCAAUCCAGUAUCUUGGACUGCAGGCUAAAGAUAUCCUGACCUAUGAUAUCUCCAAACACUUUGAGAAAGCUGCCAAUUUUAUUGAUCAAGCUCUAUCCAAGGGAGGGAAAAUAUUCGUCCAUUGUAAUCAAGGCAUCAGUCGGUCUGCUACAGUUGUCCUGGCUUUCCUUAUGAUGAAGCGUGGGAUGAACUUCAUGAAUGCAGUGAGAGCAGUAAGGGCCAAACGAGAAGUUAUGCCCAACGAUGGAUUCCUCAGACAGCUAGCUAUACUCAACUUUGAACUGUAUGAAGCUCACAAGACCUACUAGACUUUGAGAUAUACUUACAGUACAAGCUUAUGCCCUGGUCAAGUUGUAACUGGAUAUUUUAAAUUGUUUUUAGUUUUGAUAGAUGUGUAUUUUUAUAUCCGAUAUGUAUUUUUUUAUAUAUUCUGUAGACCUAUCUCAGGGCUCCUUUAGAGUGCAUUUACAUCCUCCAAGUAGCCUUUUUUCUAUACUGAGGUUUUGCACAUACAAUAUGAUUUUAUAUUUUGUUUUAGUGAAUUUGAUUUUAAUUUGUUUUUAAUUUUUGUGCCAAUUAAUUGUGCCACGUAGCCAUCAUUUUAUAUAAGAUGUACAUUAACACGUACAAGAACUUUUGAUUGAUGCAUAUACUGUUAGUUGUAUUGGAUAACCCAUACAUAAUUAUGUAUAUUUUGUGUUGUAUUUUUUCUUCAUUUCAAAUUAUAAUUUUCCCCAUCAAAUUUGGUAAUACAUGUACAUGUAUAAUAAAAUGAAUACUAAUGUAUGCUUGUUUUUAAUAAAAACAUUCAUUUUGUUUCUGAAAUAAGUUACAUAGUCUUAAGUACACACAGCUCAAUAAAUUGAAUUUUGUAAACUAUUACGAUUUUAAACCAUGGUCAGUUCAUCUACCUAGUAAUAAUACAUGUAUAAGUUGUAUAUGUUAUAGCUUCGACGUUGUUGUAUUAAUCUAUACCAAUAGUAUUUUUUAACAUUCUGUGAUAUUAAGAGAUAGAAAGCUGAUAUUGAUCAUUUUUCUACUUGAUUCCAUGAUAAUCAUUACUGGCAGUAUUAUCGAAACACGCAGCCAUCAAAUAUAAUGUUCUUUUGAAAAACUUUGUAAUCACAGUAUAAUUUGCCAGCUAUGUCUCUGUAUACUUUUGAUAUAUGUGAGUACAUAAAACCUAUAUCACUACAUUCGUAUUUUGCCCCUUUUGCACAAAAGUUGUUACUUCCAUAAAUUGUAGGCAUACAUCAAGGCCUUAAUUGUAAUUAAUUGUAUAGGGCAUUAGUGUAUACAAAUUACGUGUGCAAAAACAGAUCGGGUGGGGGGGGGGGGGUUAUUAAAAUUUUUUAUCUGUUUAUGCAUACAUAUUUUGUUAAUUUACAAUAACUAUAUAUUGAUAAGUCUAUUUGUUUAUCUUUAGUAGAUUGAAAUGUCUUCAUAAAAUUCCAUUUGUUCUAAAAUCAGGUAGAUUCUAGCUCCUUGAAAAAAAUUAUAUUUUUAUUCGAUAUGAAGAUGUUUUUUUGAUAUUUUGUCACAUAGUAAUACAUAUAUUUAGCAAUGUAUUUUGUAAAUUUUAAAAUAUAUAGCAAAUAAUUUAGGGGAGGGGGGGUAGUCAUGGUUGUAAUAUUCCAUCAAUAUUUUGUCUGUGAUAUUAGAAUACUUUAAUGAAGACAUUCAGUUUUAUCGGGGAUCAGAUAAUUGAUUUUAUUAUUUUGUAAUAUUUCGAUAUUUUGUGUUAUGUUUACAUGUAUAAAUAAUGUCAAAUAAAAUGA